AUUAAACACCAGGCGACAGGACCGUUCUGGCCGACCUUCGGUUAGUUACCCGAAGUGGGAGGACGGGAGCGAAAGGACAUACUGCAUAGAGGUCAAAACCGCUGAUGUCGAUACAGCGGCCAGUGUGUUUUGAUGCUGAAGACGAGGCUAACAUAAAAGUGUGUGUAGGGUUAUACCAGGGACUAACUACGUGUGUGGGGUAGUCUACGAUUAUACCAGGGACGUUAGUCUACGAUUAUACCAGGGACGAACUACGAGUGUGGGGUAGUCUUCGAUUAUACCAGGGACUAACUACGUGUGUGUGGUAGUCUACGAUUAUACCAGGGACGUUAGUCUACGAUUAUACCAGGGACGUUAGUCUACGAUUAUACCAGGGACUAACUACGAGUGUGAGGUAGUCUACGAUUAUACCAGGGACGUUAGUCUACGAUUAUACCAGGGACUAACUACGUGUGUGUGGUAGUCUACGAUUAUACCAGGGACGUUAGUCUACGAUUAUAACCAGGGACGUUAGUCUACGAUUAUUCCAGGGACUAACUACGAGUGUGGGGGAAUUUACGAUUAUACCAGGGACGAACUACGAGUGUGAGGUAGUCUACGAUUAUACCAGGGACUAACUACGAGUGUGGGGUAGUCUACGAUUAUACCAGGGACGAACUACGUGUGUGUGGUAGUCUACGAUUAUACCAGGGACGUUAGUCUACGAUUAUACCAGGGACGUUAGUCUACGAUUAUAACCAGGGACGUUAGUCUACGAUUAUAACCAGGGACUAACUACGUGUGUGUGGUAGUCUACGAUUAUACCAGGGACGUUAGUCUACGAUUAUACCAGGGACGUUAGUCUACGAUUAUACCAGGGACGUUAGUCUACGAUUAUACCAGGGACGUUAGUCUACGAUUAUACCAGGAACUAACUACGAGUGUGAGGUAGUCUACGAUUAUACCAGGGACGUUAGUCUACGAUUAUACCAGGGACGUUAGUCUACGAUUAUACCAGGAACUAACUACGAGUGUGAGGUAGUCUACGAUUAUACCAGGGACGUUAGUCUACGAUUAUACCAGGGACGUUAGUCUACGAUUAUACCAGGGACGUUAGUCUACGAUUAUACCAGGGACGUUAGUCUACGAUUAUACCAGGGACUAACUACGAGUGUGAGGUAGUCUAUAACCAGGUUAUACCUGGGACGUGCUAAGAGAUAUAGCGACAUAAUUUGUGUUCCAGCAUGUGAUUCCCGGCUCCUAUUCUUGGGAUUAAAAAAAUCGUUCACGAAUUUCGACUCCAUUGCAAUGACGGACCUGUGUUUGUUAUCGCCAUUAAAACGAAAGUUCAUCGAGAAUUGGAUCCACGAUGUUACGAGGAGUUACGCAGACGGGUCUAUUUGUCGGGUUGUACUAAGCUCUAUCGCCUACGACCCGGACGACAGAGAACAAUGUGCUCGUGCCAGCGACCACACUCUUCCGGACAAAGUUUUCCGCAUAUCCAACCACGACAAACAGAAAAAGUUCGUCGAUUAUACAACAAACAAUAGCAGCCAAGUGCAACAGCUUCCUGCCGUGACGUUUUCAUACGUCAACGCGGAAAAGCAUAAAAAGCACGAUAAUAAUGGCGUUGCUAUGUUCGGAUACGAGAUGUUCAACGAUAAAAACAGAGACAAAAAUGACCAACGGGACGAUAACAAAAGGUUUAUUAUUGUCGACCCACAGAUGAUCAAUCCUUCCGGUCAGACGUCGGUGGUCCGGAAGUCCGUGCAAAAACACCAAGAGAAUGAGACACCCCAUUCUCGCGUGAACAGAGAAUCUUCGUUCACAUAUAAAAAAGAGACAAAGGAAUUUUACGCCAAAUGUAAGCUUCAUUCGAGUAAUAAAAAUGGUUUUGUGAUAUCUCGUUCUAACUUUCGGAAUCAAGGCACAUGGAAAAACCAUAGCUUUCUGGAUUUGCCGAUAAGAUUCAGACAUGAUUCUCAGAAGGCCACACGUGCCUCUCAGUUGACACUCCACUCCAAAGACCCCCCGUCAUCCACCCUACAGAAGGCUGACGGCAACACGCGGAGGAACGAAGUCAACAACCCCAAAAUGAUAACAACUGCAGUAUGGGCGUGGUGACAAAACGUGAAGGACAUCGGUGACGGCACGUGGAGGACAUUGAUGACAGCACGCGCAGGGCUAUGGUGACUGUACAAUAUGGAGGGUUUGGUGACAGCACGUGAAAAUGUAUUGUGUCAGCACGUGUGGAUCUGUGUGUUAUAGAUACAUGUAACUUCAAUCACAUGUUAACAUAUACAUGUCAUUUGAAUAUAUCCAAGAUGAAUUAUAUAAACGUUACAUAGUCAUAUGUCUUUCCAGUUAUAUAUAGAAAUGUGUAUUACAUUAUGUAAUUCCAAAGACAUUUUCAAAGAAGCUUAGCUAGUGUUAUUUACAAAGCGACGACACAUAUUUCAGGAUGUACAAAUAUACUGUUCAUGUAAGUAUAUCGAUUUGUGUUUCAGGAAGGUACCAUGCACUAUAUACUACAACUGUGUACACAUUAUGCAAUUACUUCGAAAAGAAAAUCGUUACUUUGUAGAAAUAAGAUAUUAUGGGCAGCAUAACACAAUUCAAAUGUUAUUGAUUAUCCUACUGUUGAUUCGGUCUGGAUGGCGUCACGAAUUUAUGGUACCAAAGAAUAAAAUCACUUUAUAAGG